GCGGGGCUCCGGGGCGAGGCUCCUCCCACCCACCGCUGUGUGUAUAGGAAGUGAUGUGGUAACUUUUUGAACAGAUGUGUUAGCUAACAUGCUAACAGUAAAAGAGAGAUAAACACGGACGAGAUGCUGACCGCGGAUCAGCAGCAGCUGUUAGUGAUCUCCGAGAUAAGCCCAGAGUGCUGACAGGUCGAGCUCGGAUGUUAUUAGCAUGUUAGCAUGUUGGCGGACUGACGCUAACUGAGGGACUUGUUUAAGACGCCAUGGUGUCGCUGCAGUGGUCGUGUCUGGUAACGCUGUUCCUCGCCUCAGUGGUGACUUUAAUCAUCUAUUUAAUGCUGUAUUUCGGUGUUUUAUGGCGCGGGACACGGGCCGGACGGGAGACGUGUAAGGAGGCGGACCGGCUGCUGAGCUGGUUACUGGAGCUGAAGAGCUGGAGGACGGAGUGGAGGAGAACCUGGAUCCGAGCCCUCAACCAGCACAACCACUGCAUUACACAGGGAGAGAUCCAGCUGGUGUUUGAGGAGGAUGGUGUUCACUCGUCAGAACUCAGCGUGCACCACAUCUCUAGCUUUAACAGAUCACCUGGACUGAAGGUUGUGCAGUGUGAGGUGAUUGGAGACAAAAUGCAGUUUUCUCUCCACACUUGUCCGAACUCAAGCUCUACACACCCUCUUCUGAGAUACAAUGCAAAAAUCUCACCCCUACAGCUGCAGCUGGACCUGCAGAUGACAGAGGUAGAUGGAGAAGUUCAGAUUACAUGGGGACUGGAACAGCUGGACCUGAUGCACCUGCAGCUCACACCCAGUUACACACAGGGAGAAUCAGUGUGUGUGAGUGAAGCAGUAGUGAAGCGCAGGCUGCAGCAGGUUCUGUGUGAAACCCGAGCCACAGUGACUCUGAGCAGCAGGACUGCACAGCCUACAGAGCUGAAGGAAGUGAGGAACAGGAUUUCAGAGGUCUCUUCUCCACCUAAACCUCCUCGUGCUCACCAGUGGAAACUCUUAGUGAAGAACAUCCGGGUCACGUAUAGCCAGGAGAAUGGAGCUGCAGGUAGUGUAAGUCCUCAGUGUGUUCUACAGUUAGAUGAUCCUCCUCAGAAAUUGUCCACCUCAGUGCUGAGUAACACGAGUGAGCCGGUGUGGGAUCAGCCCUUUAUCUUUGAACUCAGCGGCAGGUCGAAGGAGCUGAACAUCCAGCUGGUGGAUCAUGGGAGACCUCCAGCGAGCUGUGUGCUCGGACAGGUGUGUGUACCAUUUAAUCUGGUUCAGAGGAGCCCGAGAGGACAACACACAUUCACACUGAUCAACACACACCAUGUAAUCGGAUCACUGACUACUGAGUUGUCGUACCUGGAGCCGAGUGAAGUGCGCACUUGGCAGCCCCCUACUCCGGCACCUACCAAGAGAGUGGAGAUGGAUAGGACGGUGAUGCCAUGUGGUACCGUCGUCACCACUGUCACUGCAGUGAGGAGUAGACCAGGACGUUCGCUUCCAACAGAAUCAAUAAAACCUCCAACCAAAGCCAAGCUGACGGAGAGGCGGGUGUCUGAGCAGCCUUCAGUGCUGGGAGCUAAAGUCAGCAAAGCCUUAUCUUCUUCAGAUACAGAGCUCCUGAUGCUGAACGGGACCGACCCGGUGGCCGAGGCUGCGAUCAGACAGCUGUACGAGUCGGCUAAGCAGAAACUCAAAUCUCCUGUCAAAAAGAGCACCAUCAUCAUCUCUGGAGUGGCAAAGGCCCCGCUGUCUCAGGACGAGGAGAUGACUCUGAUGGCUGGAUACGCCGCUGCCAUGGACGCCUCCUUGGCCGAGACGCCCGAGAGCACGAGGCGCGCAACAGAGACGCUCUCUGAGCACAGCGUCUCGGAUGCGACCGAUCCGUUAGAAGGUCCGAGCGGAGCGGACUGGGAGAGUCAGACGGGGGAGGAAUCAGACAAAGCCUCGCUUUCCCUCUGUGUCUCUGACAUCGGAUCUAAAAAGGGGAAAGGCAGCUUCCUCCAUAAGGGUGUGCGGCUGUUUUUCAGGCGCCGGCAGCAGAGGAAGGAGCCGGGGAUGAGUCAGUCCCAUAACGACCUGCAGUACCUGGAGCAGGCAGAGGAGAGACGCACAGCCACCUUCAAGCGCAUCAUCAACCGCAAACUGCUGCACAAACACAAGAGCAAAGCCAACGGCGUCCAAACGUCAGACCACACUGGCUAACACUCUCUCACACACACACACACACACACACACAUUCUCACACACUCAUACUGUCUGUUUCCAAAAUGACAUUUCAUUUCCAAGGACAAAGGGAUAUUCUGUGCUAGUCCGGAUAGACACGCUAAUCCUUACGCUAAUCCUUACACUAAUCCUCACAACCUGCUACAGGUGGGACGAUAUAUCAGGGUGACGUCGUAGCGUGAUGAGGGAACUGAGACCUGAUGAUGAAACGUGUGGCAUUUUAGCUUUUUUAUUUUUAGGGACAAUAAUGCAAAGAGGAAUAAAUUGAGUCUACUGUAUAAAUAAAACUACACCAUCAUAUAUAAUAGCUUCAUAUUUAGACAAAACCAAAAUCGAAGCGGCGCCUCAUCUCUGUCCGAGUCCAUGACAUCACUUCCUGUCCAGUCUGUCCUGAUUUAUAAGUAAUAGAGGAGGAAAUGUACACCAUGUACUGCAUGCUUUAUACACAUCAGUGUUAUUCAUGUUUAAAAAUGGCUGAGGGCUAAAUAGCAAAACCUGUAGCAUUAUUGGCACCCUUAAUCAGGAAGAAGACGAUGAUGACACCAAAUCAAUAUUAUGUCAGUAAUUCAGGAUCAUUGCUCCUUCAUGGGAGGCCUCACUAAUAAUUCACAAGAAAACAGUGUUGCACUAAAUAUUGCUGAUUGCAAAAGUUUUAUUGUGUUUUAUUUUUUAUUCAGUUCCUUCCUCAUUUUAAUUGAAGGGUGCCAAUUAUUCUGUUCAUUCAGCAUGAAGCUGUUAAUUCAGAUAAAAGUUAGAUAAAGUGUUUAAUAUUAUAAUAAAGAGUGAAUUAUUGAUGUCUCCCCUGCGCCGCACGACUGGACGAGUGUUUCACUUCACUGAACUCAGUCACUGCGUUUGUUACGUCGUCAGUUUUAUCUUUACAGAUCGAAAUAUUCAGUUUUUAUUAAAUUGUUGAACACAUUCAGUUUAAGAUUAAAGAUACCUUGGAAAGAAUAAUAAUAAUAAAGAAGAAGAAUAAGUAAUAAUGUGACGUAUAAACAACAACAAUAAUAAUAAUAAAUAUCUAAAGAUUCCGUAUCAGUAAAAAUUUUAAAUGUUAAUAAUAAUAACUGUUGAGGUUUGGAUGGAUGCACACACACACACACGUACACAUACAUACACUUACACACACACACACACACACACACACAGUGAAAUGGUGUUUCUGUUGAAGCAUCAUAAUCCUAUAAAAGGCCAAAAAUCUAGCACUGUGUGUGUAAAGCAGCUGAGAUGUGCCAUGAGUUCUUAAAUGGAGAUAGUUUUGUUUAUUUUACCUUUUAAAUUUUUUUAUAUAUCUAUAUUCUUAAUCUGAGUAAAAAUGUAAAUCUCUCAAUCUUUUUUUAAUGAAUGUAGGACAGUGUGUGAGAGUGUGUGAGUGUGAGAGAGAGCUUAAACACUACAGGAGGGCAUUAACGAAAGCUUUAAUCACAUACUGAUGUCAUAAUAUUUUAGUGAUUUGUUUAGUUUUGGGGUUUGUUUGUUGAUCACAUGAUCUGUACUACAUUUGUGUUGUUUGUCUCUGAAGGAUUUAAUGAUCCACUUCCCGCUGAUGAUGAUCACACAUCCCUUUAUUCGCAAUGUGUUAGUAUUUGUCUGUUAGUAGUCGCAUAACCGGCUGUGUGUGUGUGUGUGUGUGUGUGUGUGUGUUUUAGAGCUCCGGACACACCUCCCAGAUGAUUUUCUCAGUGUGUGAAUGAUUUGAGUUUUUCCAAAGUCUCAGGUCUCUGUAAAUUGCACCAUGUUCACUGUUUACUGUGCUCCUGUGUGCUGGUGUCAUGUCUGGAGGGAAUCCGGUGAACUCGUGCAAUCCCACAAUGCACUGCCACUAGAUCAUGUCUACAGCACUCUCUUGCCAGGAUUCUUACUUAUUCCCUCAUUUAUUUGGGAUGAGAAGGUCACAUGGUCAGUCUGUCAGUUUGUCUUUGUACCGUCCACUGUCUGAUCUCUAAACACAGCAGGAAGUGACGAGUAAAGCCACUGCAGUCUAGUCACACUUCAGUCUGAUGCUAGUUGACAUCGCAAUGGUAACCAUGCAGUGUGCCUUUUGCCAUGUGAGUGUGUGUGUGUGUUUAAUCCUUCUAUGUGUCCCAAAAUUAACACCAGGAACAGGAAGUGAUGCAACAGAGUUGAGUGUAGAUGUAAAUUAAUGAGCUUGAUCAGUUUACUGCAAACGUGUUGUGUGUUUGUGUGUGGGAGAGAAGAGAGGAGACUACUGGUGUUUCAUGUUGCACUCAACACUGUGUGAGUGUGAAUGUAUGUGUGUGAGUGUGAAUGUGUGUGUGAGUGUGAUUAACGUAUUAGGUUUAUCAUUUCAAGCAAUAAAAGCUGACUGCUGAUUAACAACAAA